AUGCAUAGAUAUAUAGAACAAACAAGUCGGACGUGCAGUUUUCACGACAAAGCCACAGCACAGCAAAAUGAAUCGGCAGGCGAAAUUCCUUAUCUUGUGCCUAUUUGUUGGCCUCUUCUCCUCGAACUUGUGCGAUGAUGCUACAGCUGGAUCUGUGGGCACAACCACCGCCACGCCGGGGGAUGUUACUACUGUUCCUGUUCCAGAUGAUAAGAAUACGACCACAGCUCCUACAACAACAACAACAUCGACAACCGAGAAGACAACGGUGCCAACAACCACUACAGAGAAAACUACAACGAGCACCACUCCGGCAACAACUACAACUACAACUACAACCGCAGCGCCCAACACCACCACAUCCACGUCCAGUACAACUUCUUCAACAACGCCAGCAACGACAACAAGCACCACUACUACGACUCCGUCACCAAACUCCACAACAACUGCAGCCCCAAAUACAUCGACCACGCCAGCUCCGACGCCAACGCCAUCUCCGUGUCAUGGCUUCAAUGGAUCCUCUUUUAUUGGUGGAAUCGUGCUGACCCUGGGACUGCUGGCCAUCGGCUUGGUGGCCUACAAGUUCUACAAGGCCCGCAACGAGCGUAAUUACCACACUCUUUGAGCCGCCACAGCGUUUACGUCGGCAUUCAAUGCGGCCGGAGCCGGAGCGGCGGCAGGCAGCAACAACACCGCCACGGAUGCCGAACGUGUGCGCUUUGUUCAGCCAUCAAUACCAUUGCGAUCGCCACCGGCACAGCCGCCACCUCCUCCACCAACCGGAGUCAUUGGCGGUGCGGCAGCAGCCACGCAUUCAACUCCCCAAAAUUGCUCGCCUUCAGCCAGAGAUCGACUGCUGCAUACGUAAUUUACUCUCGGGGUAUAUAUAAUAUAUAUUAUACAAUAUUAUUGCUAUCCAAAGAGCCCCCCAACGCCCCAUUUCACCUACUCCCAAACAGUCGUAUCGUAUCUAUCACACAAUCCACACAGUCGCAGCCCUUGUCCUUUGACAUUCAGCUUUAUUGGUUCUCAAUGUGAAUUCUUACCUUAUCAGCUAUACCAGAAUAUUAUAAAUACAAUAUUUGUCUUGAAUGAUUCAUAAAAAGUUUUUGCAAAACUCAGUUUAUCAGCAAACUGAGCGGAUGUUCCAACGCCUUAUUGAAGAGCCUUGGGAGCUGGGGCUGCACAGCUCCCCUGGUUGACCGAGACGAAGAAAGCGGAGAGAAGAUAGAACAGAAAACAGAGAGACGAAAGAACAAAUAUAAAACAGCAAAUAUGUGAGACUGCUUGAUAGAGCUCGAGACAGGAUGAUGAUGAAGUGAACAGAAAUCGAUAGGAGACGGCUUUGGUUUCUGCAAUUCAUAACUAGAGCUACGCUACGAAAAGGGAGAAUAUAAAUUUUGAUUAUAUUUACACACAACUUUUGAAAAACUAAAACAAUUCAUUCUAGCAACUAAGAAUAUUUACUAUCUUAACGAGCUACAUAUAUACAACAAAAAGGAAACGCGUGUCUAUUCUCCUCCUGCAUUAAUGUGCAUUUUUAUAUUUGUAUCGAAUGUAAUCCUUACCGUUGAGUUGCCCCCAUUUUUAUCAUCCCCUCCCCCCAUAAACGGGUAUAUACAUUUAGUGCUCACACUCUUUAGAUUUUGAAAUAUUGCUAAAAAUCAAUAAAGCGUCACACGAUUACGAUGCA